UUUUCUGCCCCUUUUUUGCUCUCCUCGUCUAAGCAUCGCCUCCCGCUUUCCCUUCUUCCUCCUCUUCUUCUUCUUCUUCUUCGUCGUCGGCGUCGUCGAGAAUUCUACUGCCGAGAUCGAUCUCUUCGGGUUUCGUUCGGAUCUCGAAGGCACGAGAGGAUCCUUGAAGGCUCCGUUCCGGCGGGCGGCGCGGCGGUGACAGCGAUGGAGUCGAUUCUGGCGCGGGCGCUGGAGUACACCCUCAAGUACUGGCUCAAGUCCUUCUCUCGCGACCAGUUCAAGCUCCAAGGCCACACUGCCCAGCUCUCUAACCUUGAUAUAAAUGGGGAUGCCCUGCACGCGAGCGUUGGGUUUCCGCCGGCGCUAGAUGUGACCACUGCUAGAGUCGGCAAGCUUGAGAUCACGCUACCGUCUGUUUCAAAUGUGCAAUAUGAGCCGAUUCUGGUCCAGAUCGACAGGCUCGAUCUAGUUCUUGAAGAGAAUGUGGACGCCGAUAACUCAAAGAACCCAAAAAGUGCUCCAGCCUCAACUAGCUCAUCCAAAGGCAGUGGAUACGGAUUUGCAGAUAAGAUUGCAGAUGGAAUGACUCUGGAAGUAGGUACUGUUAAUCUUAUGAUUGAGACACGUGGUGGCACUAGGCAGCAGGGAGGUGCAAUUUGGUCAUCUCCAUUAGCAUCUAUUACCAUCCGCAACCUUUUGCUAUAUACAACAAACGAAAGCUGGCAGGUAGUCAAUCUCAAGGAAGCGCGGGAUUUUUCCAAUAACAAGAAAUUCAUAUAUGUUUUCAAGAAGUUGGAAUGGGAAUCACUUUCGGUGGACCUUUUACCACAUCCAGAUAUGUUCAUGGAUGCACGUAUGGCGUCUUCUAGCAACCAAGGGAAUAAGCGAGAUGCUGAUGGCGCAAAGCGAUUGUUUUUUGGCGGUGAAAGGUUCCUAGAAGGAAUUUCUGGAGAGGCUCAUAUCACAGUGCAGAGGACAGAACAUAAUAGUCCACUAGGGCUUGAGGUUCAGUUGCAUAUUCCUGAAGCUGUUUGUCCUGCUUUAAGUGAACCAGGCCUACGAGCUCUUCUCCGUUUUAUGACUGGUUUCUAUGUUUGCUUAAAUAGGGGAGAUGUGGAUCCAAAGGCUCAACAGCGUUGUACUGAAGCAGCAGGAUGUUCACUGGUUUCUAUUAUCAUCGAUCAUAUCUUUCUCUGUAUUAAAGAUGCUGACUUCCAACUUGAACUUUUGAUGCAGUCACUCUUUUUCUCAAGGGCUAGUCUAUCUGAUGGAGAAACUACAAAAACCUUGUCUCGCAUUAUGCUCGGUGGACUAUUUCUGAGGGACACCUUUUCACACCCUCCAUGCACAUUAAUACAGCCGUCUCUGAGGGCUACACCAGAGGAACUUCUACAUGUCCCAGCAUUUGGUCAGAACUUCUGCCCUCCAAUUUAUCCUUUAGAAGAUCAGCACAUGAACUUCAGUAUUGGCAUUCCUUUGAUUUCUCUCCAUUCUCUUCAAAUCAAUCCUUCACCUACCCCUCCAAAGUUUGCUUCACAGACGGUUAUUGAUUGUCAACCACUUAUGAUUACUCUUCAGGAAGAAUCCUGUUUAAGGAUUUCCUCUUUCUUAGCUGAUGGAAUCAUGGUCAAUCCUGGUGCUGUGCUGCCUGAUUUUUCAGUGAACUCCUUUGAAUUUAGCCUGAAAGAGUUUGACCUUGCUGUACCUUUAGAAGCUCAAAAAACUAGUAACUUGUCCGGAAAUGGAAAUUAUGGUUCUCAUGCAUCCUUUUCUGGAGCAAGACUUCAUGUUGAGGACCUGUAUUUUGCUAUAUCACCAUCAAUAAAAUGUACUUUGCUAAAUCUGGAAGCAGAUCCAGCUUGCUUUAGCCUCUGGGAAUAUCAACCAAUUGAUGCUAGUCAGAAGAAGUGGACUACUCGAGCUUCACAUCUUAGUGUUUCACUGGAAACCUGCAAUAGUUCAACAAUACAGUUAAGUUCCACUGAUUGGCAUGCUGGUUUGUGGAGAUGCGUUGAGCUCCAUGAAGUAUGUUUUGAGGCAGCUAUGGCAACUGCAGAUGGGGGCCCUUUGAUAGAAGUACCUCCUCCAGAAGGUGUAGUCAGAAUUGGAGUUUUCUGCCAGCAUUAUAUAUCAAACGCUUCAGUCGAGCAGUUAUUCUUCGUUUUAGAUCUGUAUGCCUAUUUUGGCGGUGUCAGUGAAAAAAUAAGAAAAGCUAGCAAAGGUAACAAACAGAGGAGUGGUGAUUAUUUUGGUGAUAAGAUGAUGAAAAAGAUGCCCAGUGAUACUGCAGUAAGCUUAACCAUAAACAAUCUCCGCCUUAAAUUUUUGGAAUCUUCAUCUAUCGAUAUUCAUGGCAUGCCUUUAGUUCAGUUUGAUGGACAAGAUCUGUUCCUAAAAGUUUCUCACCGGACUCUAGGUGGUGCUUUUGCAGUAUCAACUAGCUUACUCUGGGAGACUGUUUCCAUUUACUGUUUGGAUGGAAUGGAUGCAUUGUCUCAAGAGAAUGGCAUACAGACACCAAGUGAACAUGACAGUCUAGCUAAUGGCAAUGGAUAUACCCAAAUGAGAGCUGUUUUCUGGGUUGAUAAUCAAAACAAGCGUCAAAAGAAACCAGUUCCAUUUCUUGACAUGACCAUGGUCCAUGUGAUGCCUUACGAUCUACAAGAUACAGAAAGUCAUAGUCUGAAUGCAUCUUUUAAGGUCAAUGGUGUACGUCUAGGUGGAGGAAUGCAUUAUACUGAGUCGUUGCUGCAUCGAUUUGGUAUACUUGGGCCAGAUGGUGGCCCAGGAGAAGGACUCUUGAAAGGAUUAAAGAAUUUAUCCUCAGGACCACUAGCAAAACUUUUCAAAACAUCACCUCCUCCCAUUGAAGCCACUAAGGAAGAAAAUGAAACUUCCGAGGAAGAGGAUCAUGGCAGACUUUUGGAGAUGCGGAUGCCUGAUGAUGUUGAUGUAUGUAUAGCAUUCAACAAUUGGUUAUUUGCUCUAGAAGGAACACAGGAGAUGGAAGAAGGAUGGUUGCAGUGUGCAGGUGAUAAUCUAAGCAGAGAAGAAAGAUGUUGGCAUACAACCUUCCAAAGUUUCCAUGUAAAAGCAAAGAGUAAUUCUGAACCAAAUUUUAGAAACAAGGUGAACUUGGGCACAAAACGUAAGUUUCCUGUGGAAUUGAUCAUGGUAGGUAUAGAAGGUUUACAGGCAUUGAAGCCACAUCCAAAGGAUGUUAACCAAGUAGAGAGAGAUCUGACAUUCGGCAACAUCAAUAAUAAUGGUGUAGAUAUUGAAGUCUGCUUAAUUGUCCCUGAGGAUGAUAGUGAUCUGGAGGCAAAGUGGAGUGUGGAGAAUGUAAAGUUUUCAGUUAAACAACCGAUCGAGGCAGUUGCUACAAAGGAGGAACUGGAGCACCUUGCUUUUCUUUGCAGGUCUGAAGUCGAUUCGGUUGGUAGAAUCGCUGCAGGAAUGUUGCGUUUGCUUAGGCUUGAUAAGUCACUCGGCCAGGGUGCUAUAGAUCAGCUCUCAAACCUAGGAAGUGGGAGCAUAGACAAAGUUCUGACACCAGAAAAACUGAGUAGGCGAAGUAGUUUUGCCAGUGUCAGCUUCACCCCCAGGGCUCCGACUUCAAAUGCAAUACUAGAGAGCCCAAAUGAAAGCGUGGAAUCGACCAUUACCAUGUUAGAAGUAGAAAUUUUGGAUUUGCAGUCCAAGUGCUCUUCGCUUAUUUCAGAGUUAGGUAGCUCAGACGGCUCCGAACAUGUUUCAGAUGUAAAAUACUUCACAGAGAAGCUCGAGAACAUGCAAACUCUGUUGACCAGGUUGCGGACUCUUGUUUAAUUCUGUUGCCAGGUGGACUUUUUGUUCUGGUCAGGAAAAAAAUUCUGACCACUAUUGUAUUCACUUAAUUCUUUUUGUACAUAAAAGUGGGAAUGUUGUUCUACAUACUGGCUUGAAAUAAGCAACAGGUCAACUGCCGCCAUAGAUAUAUAUAGGGAUUUUGUUAUUCCCCAUGGUUUGAUGAACAUCGUUCUUAUGAGUUGACGGAAAAUAGUAAUUGGGUCUAGUUAUGCA